CAAGAAAACACCCGCCCAUACCCUCCCCUUAGAGCCCCCCUUCCCAGCUGUGCUAUGGCCUGAAAUCUGCAGCUCCCAUAGGCCGCAUCUCCCGCAUCUCCACUUCCCGGCGUCAAUACUCCAUCGCCCUCACCAUUCCACCCAGACAGCCCCCAGAGAUGAUCGCGCUCCCUCAGAGGGCAAAGCGACCGCGAUCUCCCUCUCCGACCUUCGAGCCAGACAUCGCAUCCCCGCUGGACGUGCUGCUCAAGCGGCGGCGAAGAGACACACAUCAACAACAGCCUUUCGGCUUCCCAGAAACACCACAUUCGACACAGUCGCCUGUACAUGGCUAUGAGCCUGACUACUUUCAGCAGGGAGGCAACGGUGUGCCGUAUACGCCUAACAGUGGCGAAAGUCCGCAUGGCGUCUACGGGCAACAACACGCGCUCAACGCGCACGCGGAAAGCAGCUCCGCUGCCCAACUGCGAGCGGCGGGGUUGAACCAGGCCGGAGUGGGCAUAGGCGUCGAGCGGAGACGAACCAAGCAAUGGAAUCGUAUCAACGCACCUAUGCCCCUUCAGCAACAUCAGGCGACCCAGCAACCUGUGAAUGCUCUGACCACACCUACCACACAUGCCGGUGUCUAUCAAACACAACCUACAUCAGCUUUCCUGUUCCCUACCCCUCCUCCGCCUUCGAGGAUAGUCUCAACGCGGGAAGCUCCUCUUAUGUCUUCGUCACCUAUCCGGAAUCAACCGCCGUCAUCUUCGCCGUUCAGGGACAGGCCCAAUAAUGAUGAUCUGGUUGCGCCAGAUGAAAUGGGUGAACCUAUGGACGAGGAGGAGAUGGUACGGAACUGGGGAGAAGCAUAUGCCGAGCAGAAUUCAAUCCUGCAUUCUCUACACAUGACGAGAAUGAAGUUUCCACCCCAUGCCUCUCCGCAAUCACAUCCGUCAUACUCUUCGCACUCUUCCUCCAACCCUUGGCGUACCCCUAUGGCGUCUUCAUCCACCCUCUUCUCUCCUGGCCCCUCCCGUUUUGCCCAGGAAGCCGCGGGGCAAGUCAGCCCUCACCCGUAUCGCACACCCUACCAAUCCUCUCCAUUCACUCCUGCUCGGCCGUCGGGGAAUCACAUCUCCUACAUGUACCCCACCUCGUCGAAUCAACCUCCUUCUGAUAUACCCUCCUCCAGUGAGAGGCAUCAAUUCAGGGGUGAAGAUGAUGAUAUGGGUGAAAUGGAGGCUGAGGUCGAGAUAGUGGUUGAGAGCGACGCGGAAAGAGAGGUGGCGAAUCGAUACGAAGAAGCAAACAAGUUGCUGGGGGAGCUGGCGAUGGUGAGAAGGCAAAGAUGGGGACAAGAAGAAUAAUGAGAGAAUAAUGUUUCGGGAGAGUUGUUACGAUCAUGUUGUCCGCUCUAAUCUACGCCUGUAUAGAAGAUACUACUUACAUGUACUCAUGUCACGUCGCCGCCAACAACAAUACGACUUUCUAUAGCGUGUUCGCCUCUUCUUCCGCCUUUCGCAUCGCGUAAGCCAUCUCUACGGCCAUCGCGCUCUCUCCGACGCCACCACCUGCUUCUGUCUCACGAGCAGUCCAGCCCGUAAUCCCGGUCCAUGGAACCGCCGUCAUCCCCGC